CUGGUCUCUCACAGUACACAGAACACAGAAAUGCAAUUAUUUCAGUAAAUAUAAACUGCUAAAUACCUUUUUCCUUCUAUCAGUGUCCAGCCGAGCACUGGUUAAAGCUUGUAGGAGGUGUUUUCUUUCUGCUCUAGGAGGAUGCAGAACCUGACCUCUGUCUCAACAGUGCUGAUUGACCCUGUGCUGAUCACAUGUACUCUCCCAAGAAAAAAAAUCCUCUCUAGCAAUACACUUCAAACUGAGCAUGUGCACAGUGUCUCCACACAAUAUGUCUUAUCAGGAGAUAAGAGGGGGGCACUGGAAGAUGGGGAGGAUCAGAAAAGUCAGGAUCAAAGAGCAUUUUUACACAAUGCAGAGGAUUAACCCUUUAGGUUCCACAGUGAGUAUAACAAGCAUGCUUUACUGCAUAUACAGACUGAUUUUACUGUUGUGGGUUUAG